AUGGCUAAUAUUAGAAGCGAAAAGAAGACCGAAGCCGUUAUAUAUUCUCAAUUUCAAUCAUGGAGCACAGUCGGUGUUCCGUCAUGUAUGGAACAAGUUGCUGAUUCUCCAGUUUCAGUCAGAAUUGAAGAAUUUCACAAAACCCCGAGGUCUCAUCCUUGGCGCCCUAUGCUUGGAUACAAAAUUCUGGAAGCAGCUCCCUUGUUCGCACAACCCGUAACGAAUUUGAUGAUGGAUGCUGAUCGCAUACCACAUGGAAUGACGACGAAGCCUUUGAAAUUUCCGAAUUUAGUAACUAGUUUCGAUCGUAAUCCUUUGCACGCGGCACGAGCUGCGCUUUGUAUGCGAUACACUCCCUAUGAUUGGAAGCAAAAUCAAAUCAGACUCUACAAUGAAGUGGAUGCGAAUAGAUGCUCUUCCGAAAAAUUACGCAAGGACAGUGUACGCCUAAUAAGAGAAGUUGAUGAAAAGAUACAAAAGAAACAAAUGAAGAAUGAUCAAAAAGGAGAGAAUAUCACUUCCUGGCGGAACGAAGUAGCAUCGGAGUUGGAAAGAUUAAUUAUAGAAGACGAUAGAUUACAAGAAUGUCGUCAUAAUUUGCAAAUUGCGAUUCAGAAUCUCGAAGGACAAUUACAUAUCGCACAAGAAUGUCUCUAUCAUCGAGAGUCGAGAAAAGAUACUGACUUAGUUCAUGAUGAAGUCGAAAGCGCUCUGUUGAAAGAGAUUGAAACGAUAAGAAAUUGUGAGACAAAAUUAGAACAGAUCACAAAUAGAUGCAUCAAUCAAUUGACAAAUGAUCAAACGAUACAACAUCAGCUGCAAACAAAUAUAUGCAAAAAAACAGCAUUGGGAAUCGAUGUAUGCCAUCAUAUAAAUGAUUUUAGUCGAAACCUACAAUGUUAUAGUGAAAUAAAAAAAUACGAUCCUAGUAUCACCGAGAUUGGAUCUUGGACGGAAAUGGCAAACAAUAUAGUGAUGAAAUCGGAGGCAGAACGUGUGAUAUCAAGUCAAUUACGAAGCGACAUCGAUACUGUCAUGAACACUGUGAACUACGAGAUGUAUGAAGCUUGGGAAAAUACCAAUAAGGCGUUGAACAGAAGAGUCAUUGAAUUAUUGGAAGCGAAGGAAAAACUACAAUCAUAUUUGCAUAAAAUUCAAGAAGAAAUUUUAAACAUCGAAAAGAGUAUGAAACUAAUACAAAAAACAAUCGCCGAUUUAGAGAUUCUGAAAGUUGCAAAUACACGAAAUUUGGAUACCAAACUUUACCGUUCGGAAGCUGAACAAUGCAAGAAUCAUACUCAAUUCAGGAUAAAUAAAGAAGUGAAGGAUAUUAAUAAAAUAAUAUACGAUAUGAAUUUGAAAUUGCAACAAUGUAAGGCGCAACAUCAACAACUUUUGCACACAAAGUCUAAUUUGGAAAGUGAUUUAAAGUUCAAAACAGACGUACUCUUCAUCGAUAGAGACAAGUGCAUAGGUCUUCGAAGAAGUUAUCUGACUUCGAUUACAAAAUUUUAAAAUGCUUACAUAUUGCAGGUAGAUAUAUAAAAUCUUUGCAAAUUUUAAAGAAACAUUGAUUGGAAAGAUAUUCAACUAAUUGUUAAAUUAAUAAAAACUGAAACAAGAUCAUUGAAAGAGAAAUACACAAUUGUGAACAAUUAUCUUUAUUGUCAAGUUACAAAUUAAUGUCUUUAGGCAAAGUAUAAUAUUAUCUAUUUAUCCAUACAAAUAUCUUAUAAUACAACCAAUAUCUCAAAUCUAUUCAAUUUAUGAUUUUGUACAGUUUUUCUCAUUAUACAACGUAGGACUUUAAGUAUUUCAUUGUGAAUGUAAAUUGCACAAUGCUUUUAGGAACAUUCACAAGUGAUAUACCAUACAUAGUAGUUUCUUUAAUUUUUCUCUAACUAAUAGAAAGA